GGGGCGGGGUCCGAGUUGGAGCCGGAGUUCCCGAAGAAGGGUCUGAGCUGAAUGUGUAACAUGCAGAAUUGCAUUGAAACACCACAACCAUCUUUUGAUGGCAGUGUUCUCACCACCUCUCUUUUCUGGAUGGGGAAAGUGAGGCCCAGAGUGGCUAAGUGACUUGCUAGAGUUGACACAGGGAGCUCUAGGACUCACUCCAUCUAUCUCCCUGGUUAUUUCAGGAAGGCCAGUUUCGGGAGCAUGCCUCUGUGCCAACUGGGGGCCUCCAGGGGCAGCAAGCCUGAUGGGACCCGAACUCAGCCCAUGGCUGCCGUAGGAGGCCUGAAGGUGCUUUUGCACUGGGCUGGCCCUGGUGGUGGGGACCCCUGGGUCACCUUCACUGAGGGCUCGCUGACUGCUGAGGAAAUCUGCAUCCACAUAGCACACAAAGUUGGCAUCACUCCUCCCUGUGUCAAUCUCUUUGCCCUCUUCGAUUCCCAGGCCCAAGUCUGGCUACCCCCAAACCAUAUCAUAGAGAUCUCCAGAGACACAAGCCUAAUGCUAUAUUUCCGCAUGAGGUUUUACUUCCGGAACUGGCAUGGAAUGAAUCCUCAGGAGCCAGCUGUGUACCGCUGUGGGCCCCCAAGCACUGAGGCUUCCUCAGAACAGACAGAGAAUGGGGUGCAACUCCUAGACCCAGCCUCAUUUGAGUACCUCUUUGAGCAGGGCAAAUAUGAGUUUGUGAAUGACGUGGUAUCACUGUGGGAGCUGUCAAGUGAAGAGGAGAUCCACCACUUUAAGAAUGAGAGCCUGGGCAUGGCCUUUCUACACCUCUGCCAACUUGCUCUUCACCAUGGUGUCUCCCUGGAGGAAGUGGCCAAGAAAAUCAGCUUCAAGGACUGCAUCCCAUGCUCCUUCCGGAGGCAGAUCAGGCAGCACAACAUGCUGACGCGCUUGCGCCUGCGGAAUGUCUUCCGAAAGUUCAUUAAGGCCUUCCAGCCGGGUGUCCUCUCCCAGCAGGUGGUCAUGGUCAAAUACCUGGCCACACUCGAGCGUCUGGCACCCCGCUUUGGCACGGAGUGUGUGCCCGUGUGCCAUCUGAGGUUGCUGACCCAGGCUGAAGUCAAGCCCUACUACAACCUGGAUAGCAAGCAGUCCCCUGGGGACCCUAGCCCUGAGUCUGCUGCUGGGCCCUCCACCCACGAGGUGCUGGUUACAGGCACCAGUGGUAUCCAAUGGCGACCUAUACAGACAGAGGACUCUAGUGGUAGCAGUGGCAGCCGAGGUAGGAAUCCCCGUGCUAGCCGAUCUGGGAAGAAAGCCAAGGUACACGAGGCAGGCGAGCUGCCAGCAGAUGGACAGCAGGAGCCACAGUGGGCCUACUUCUGCGACUUCCGGGACAUCACCCAUGUGGUACUGAAAGAGUGCCAUGUCAGCAUCCAUCGGCAGGACAACAAGUGUCUGGACCUGAUCCUGCCUUCCCAGGCAGUGGCCCUGUCCUUCGUGUCGCUGGUGGAUGGGUAUUUCCGCCUAACAGCUGACUCCAGCCAUUACCUGUGUCACGAGGUGGCCCCUCCACGGCUGGUGAUGAGCAUUCAGGACGGUAUCCAUGGCCCUCUGCUGGAGCCAUUUGUGCAAGCCAAGCUGCGGCCUGAGGAUGGCCUCUACCUCAUUCACUGGAGCAUCAGCCAUCUCUACCGCCUCAUCCUCACAGUGGCCCAGCGUAGCCAGGCCCCCGGCAAUACACAGAGCCUGCGCCUCCGGAAGUUUCCCAUUGAGCAGCAGGCUGGGGCAUUUGUGCUGGAGGGCUGGGGCUGCCCCUUCACCAGUGUACAGGAGCUGCGGGCUGCCUUGCAGGGCUGUGUGCUGCGGGCAGGGGAUGACUGCUUCUCCCUGCGCCGCUGCUGUCUGCCACAGCCAGGAGAAAUCUCCAAUCUCAUCGUCAUGCGGGGGCCUCAAGCCAUCAGCAGGUCACUCAACCUCAGCCAGCUCAGCUUCCACCGGGUUGGCCAGGACGAGAUCACCCAGCUGUCUCACUUGGGCCAGGGCACAAGGACCAAUGUGUAUGAGGGCCUACUGCGAGUAGAGGGUGGGGACCCAGAGGAGGGCAAAGUGGAUGGCAGAGACCCCCCAAUGCCCUGCAGGAACUGUGGGCAGGAACUACGAGUGGUGCUCAAAGUAUUAGACCCAAGUCACCACGACAUCGCCCUGGCCUUCUACGAGACAGCCAGCCUCAUGAGCCAGGUGUCCCACGUGCACCUGGCCUUUGUGCACGGCGUCUGUGUGCGUGGCUCUGAGAAUAUCAUGGUGACUGAGUACGUGGAACAUGGGCCCAUAGAUGUGUGGCUGCGGCGAGAGAGGGGUCGUGUGCCUGUGGCCUGGAAGGUGGUGGUGGCCCAGCAGCUGGCCAGCGCCCUCAGCUACUUGGAGGACAAGAACUUGAUUCAUGGUAAUGUGUGUGGCCGGAACAUCCUGUUGGCACGGCUGGGGCUGGUGGAAGGCACCAGCCCCUUCAUUAAGCUGAGUGACCCAGGGGUGGGCCUGAGUGCCCUCUCCAGGGAGGAGCGGGUGGAGCGGAUCCCCUGGAUGGCUCCUGAGUGUCUCCCUGGCAGGACCAGCAGCCUGAGCACUGCCACUGACAAGUGGGGCUUUGGUGCCACCCUCCUGGAGAUAUGCUUUGAUGGGGAAGCCCCCCUCCAGGGCCGCGGCCCCUCUGAGAAAGAGCGUUUCUACCAGAAGCAGCACCGGCUGCCUGAGCCCUCAUGCCCAGAGCUGGCCACACUUACCAGCCAGUGCCUAACCUAUGAUCCAGCCCAGAGGCCAUCAUUUCGCACCAUUCUACGUGACCUAACUCGGCUGCAGCCACAAAAUCUCACAGACAUCUUGACUGUGAAUCCAGACUUUCCAGCGUCAGACCCCACAGUUUUCCACAAGCGCUACUUGAAAAAGAUCCGGGAUCUGGGUGAGGGUCAUUUUGGCAAGGUCAGCUUGUACUGCUACGACCCUACCAACGAUGGCACUGGCGAGAUGGUGGCUGUGAAAGCCCUCAAGGCAGACUGCAGCCCCCAGCUGCGCUCGGGGUGGAGGCGGGAGAUAGACAUCCUCCGCACACUCUACCAUGAGCACAUCGUCAAGUACAAGGGCUGCUGCGAAGACCAAGGUGAGAAGUCGGUGCAGCUUGUCAUGGAAUAUGUCCCCCUGGGCAGCCUCCGAGACUACCUGCCCCGGCACAGCGUUGGGCUGGCCCAGCUGCUGCUUUUCGCCCAGCAGAUCUGUGAGGGCAUGGCCUACCUGCACGCUCAGCACUACAUCCACCGAGACUUAGCUGCGCGCAACGUGCUGCUGGACAAUGACAGGCUGGUCAAGAUUGGGGACUUUGGCCUAGCCAAGGCUAUACCCGAAGGCCACGAAUACUACUGCGUGCGCGAGGAUGGGGACAGCCCCGUGUUCUGGUAUGCCCCAGAGUGCCUGAAAGAGUGUAAAUUCUACUAUGCUUCCGACGUCUGGUCCUUCGGGGUCACCCUGUAUGAGCUGCUAACUCACUGCGACUCCAGCCAAAGUCCACCCUCGAAAUUCAUUGAGCUCAUAGGCCACACCCAAGGCCAGAUGAUGGUGCUAAGACUCACAGAGCUGCUGGAACGAGGGGACAGGCUGCCACGGCCUGACAAAUGCCCCCCUGAGGUCUAUCUUCUCAUGAAGAACUGCUGGGAGACAGAGGCCUCUUUCCGCCCAACGUUCCAGAACCUCAUACCCAUCCUUAAGACCGUCCAGGAUAAAUACCGAGGUCAGGCCCCGUCAGUGUUCAACGUGUGCUGAGACUCAGUGGUGGUACCACUUGGGGUAAAUGGACCAGGCAGUACUCACAGAGUGGGCCCAAGAGGGGAAAUCAGCCUCACUUAUCCUUUGUGCCUUACUCCUGUCUGGAAAUCCCACCUCUGUGAACUGACUUUCCUUCCAUGGCCAGGAACCUAACCAUAAUCCUGAGGGAUUCAGGACAAGCAGGGAGAGAAUCAGGCCCUGAAUCCCCAGUUCCCACAGUUGAGACCCUCCAUCUCCCCUAUCUGGUAAUAAACUCCUGUUUCCUCUACUGGA